GCGCAUAUACCCGCUCACGGCACCCUUUAAAGCUUCGACUGUCCUCAGGGAAGGAACCAUUUGAAAGCCUAACAUCCUCCUCGCUUUGGGAAGUAAAGAACGCACAAGCUAAGCCAUCGCAGAGCAUCCCGCGACAGUCGACCACCAUCGAGACGUCGUCCUCGUUUCCACGUACGCCGAUGCUCAUAUACGCCUCUCCCACGGCCCUCGAGGCCACCACGCCGUUUACGCGGUACUUGCGCACGUCAAGUGACGCGCACUAGCCAUUCCCGGCGGGCUACGCCCAACAGGCGCCAUAACCUUCCCUUGUACUAUGUCGGGCCCGAAUGGGAUCAUAUACAAUGCGUCGAACAAGCAGCGCGUAAGACUACCGCUGGAGGAGGUCAGGGCGCGUGCGGUCGUGUUGGAUGUCUCGGCACGAGUGACGGUGAAGCAGAUCUACAGCAAUCCGUCAGAGCACCCAACUGCGAGAGCGAAGUACUGCUUCCCCGUACCUGCAGGCGCGGCUGUAUGCGCGUUCGAGAUGAUAAGGGCGUCCGAUGGACGGAAGAUCCAGGCGGUGGCGCGCGAACGAGAGCAGGCUCGCGUAGAUUUUGAGCGCGCAGUAUCAGCAGGCGAAGACGCUGGUUUAUUGGAGUAUGUGACGGACGAUAUCUUCACCAUUUCCGUAGGCUCUAUACCUGCACGCGAUCAGGUCGCAGUGCAGAUAGUUUACGUGACCAGCCUCCUUCAUGAAGAGUCCGCCUCCGACGUCCGCCUCCACCUCCCCAUGCGCAUCGCCGAGCGCUACGGCAAGCUCCCCGCCGGCAUGUCCGACGCCACCCACCCCUCCACCGACGUCCGCGUCCGCAUCAGCGUCGACGUCCUCUCCCGCGGCAAGCUCAUCUCCGUCCGCUCCCCCAGCCACCCCGCCGACCUCCGCCUCCGGCCCUACGAGACCGACCGCGGGCGCGCCUCGCGCCGGCGCAUCACCGCCAAAUAUCGCUCCGCCGACUUCCUCGACCGCGACUUCGUGCUCGUGGUGCGCGCGGAGGGCCUCGGGGAGUCGCGCUGCUUUGCGGAGCUGGGGCGGCAUCCGACGGACCGACACCUGCGGACGCUGGCGCUGCAGCUGGUGCUGGUGCCAAGGGUGCCGCUGACGCCGGGGCCGGGGUCGAGGCGGGAGUUUAUUUUUCUAGUGGAUCGCAGUGGGAGCAUGGGCGAGGAUGGAAACAAGCCGAUCGAGACGGCGAAGAAGACGCUGGAGGUGCUGUUGUUGAUGCUGCCGGCGCAGGGGACAUACUUCAACAUCUUCAGCUUCGGGGGGCAUUCAGAUUCACUGUGGUUGAGGAGUCGGCCGUAUGAUGAGGGGACGCUGGACGAGGCAAUGGAACACGUCCGAUCGAUGCGCGCAAAUUAUGGCGGCACGCAAAUACGAGAAGCACUGGAGAACGUUUUCGCCUCCCGCCAAGAAUCACACCCCACAUCCGUCUUUGUCCUAACCGACGGUUCCGCCUACGACAAAGACGCCUCCAUCGAGGUCGUCCGCGCCGCCGUCUCCUCCGCGCCCUCCUACGCCCGCCUCAACGUCUACUGCCUCGGCAUCAGCAAGAGCGUCUCCACCGACAUGUGCGAGGGCAUCGCAAGAGCAGGCGAUGGUAUCUUUUUGUACGCGCAGCACGUCGAGGGUAUUAUGGCCAAGUGCGCACGGCUGUUUCGUGCGGGAAGGGCGCCGAGGGUGGAGGAGGUGUCGAUUGAUUGGGGCGUGCCGGCGGAGUACCUGGCGCCGAACGGGGAGGACUUCGAUAGACCGACGACGGCGAGAGGGAUGACGUCGAUGGAUCAGACAGCGACGACGAUCAUACACCAACCCUGGCCAACGGUCCAGCAAUCGCCGAGCGUCAUUCGGACGGUACACGCAGGAAACAGGAUGCACGUCUUCGCCAUCAUCGCCCUUCGCAGAUCGUUCGCGCCCCGAGAAGUCGUGCUCCGAAUGACGCUGCACCAGGGCUCGAACGGCGCGCGCGAGACGGUGAACAUCGCCGUGCCGGUGAAGGAGGUGCAGAUUAAGGAGUACGCGGGGCUGCCGGUGGUGCACACGCUCGGGGCGUGGCGGCUGAUCCAGGAUCUGCAGGAGGGGCGACCGGUAACGAUGGGUCCGAGUGCGGUGGGAAUGGGUCCAAAUGCAAGUUGGGGAGACGCGAAGGAGGAUAUCAUCCGGCUGGGCGAGACGUACCAGCUGGCGUCGAGGCAUACAUCGUUUGUGGCGGUGAGGGCAAAUGAGGGACUGGCUGGGGAAGAGUAUGAGGAGGAGUCAGUUACGGAGACUGGGUCGUCGGUGUCGGGGGUCACGUCCCCUGGGUACGAGCCGAGCUCGCCUCCACUUGGCCAGUCCCCUGAGUCUGACCAGGACGCAGCGUCCACCCGCUCAGGGCUGCGCUCAUUACUUGGAUCGAUCUUCCCUUGGCUUCGUAGGCGCCACCUCUCGGAUACGACAGAACCUACCUGGGACGUCGACCCGACACUCGUAGCGCCUGGAGCUUACCCUCCAUCCGCCGAUGGAGCGGCUGAGGAUGCUCCCAUAGACGACGCAGCAUCUCAAACCUCGGGCACCCGAACCUUCACCACCCUCAGCAGCCUCGAGAGCUACUACAGCUGGAGCAGCUGGUCCGAGCACACCAGCACCCCACGGCGCUCGCGAAGGAGACCCGCACUCUCCUCCGACGACCGCACCCUCGCCCGCGCGCCCUCCCCCCAACUCCGCUUCCGCCCCUCACCCCCCGCGGCCCCACCCCGGCCCCGCACCCCACCGCCCGUCGACAACCUCAUCCUCCAGCUCGUCCUGCAGCAGGCCUUCGACGGCUCCUUCACGCCCGACCGCACGUUCCGCGACAUCGUCGGCGGGGCCGCGGUGGACGCGGCGGAAGGCAGAGGGAUAGACCGCACGGUGUGGGCGACGGCGCUGGCGGUGGCGUGGCUGGAGGUGCAGAUGGAGGAUCAGGGGGAGCUGAGGGAUGACUUCUUGGCGAAGCCGAUGGAGGUGCUGAUGCGGAGAGAGAGGAAUUGGCGGAAGGUGUUGGAGAAGGCGCGGGCGGUGAUCGCGAAGAGGGAGGUGAUCGUACUUUAGGCAACAUCAUCCGGACGGUUCGGUGUGUGGCAGCAUAUCCAUUUUGUUUUGAAGCUCUUUUCGGGGAGUACGAUGGACAUCUGGAAUUAUACAUGGUUACAGUGUUUUGAUAGACGAGACGAGCAGCUACGCUCAUGCGCUUAUUUUGCAAUAUCCUCACGCCUGCGGCUCACCGUGCAGCUGCCCGAGAUCUGUAGCAACUCGUCCAUAUCGGUAACGCCCUUUUCCCUCAGAUAUAUCCGCAUCCUCCUCCCAUCACUCCCAUACCGCACAUUGUGGCUCCAGCUCUCAUCGUACUGAUCAGGCCGACGCAACGCAGCGCAGCCAAAGU